UGAGUGAAGCUUAAGAGCACAACAACUUCUCUUCUUUGUUUCAAAUAUGGGGAAAAUGGCCUCUCUAGUUGCUACCCUUUUAGUGGUUUUAGUGUCACUUAGCUUAGCUUCCGAAAGCUCAGCAAAUUAUCAAUACUCAUCUCCCCCACCACCAAAGAAGCCAUACCACCCUUCACCAACACCUUAUCAUCCCGCACCAGUUUACAAGUCACCACCACCACCGAUGAAGCCAUACCAUCCUGCACCAGUUUAUAAGUCACCACCACCUCCAACACCUGUUUACAAGUCACCACCACCACCAGUGAAGCCAUACCAUCCUGCACCAGUAUACAAGUCUCCACCACCACCUACUCCAGUUUACAAGUCACCACCACCCCCAACACCUGUUUACAAGUCACCACCACCACCAGUGAAGCCAUACCAUCCUGCACCAGUAUACAAGUCUCCACCACCCCCAACUCCCAUUUACAAAUCACCACCACCAGUGAAGCCAUACCAUCCUGCACCAGUAUACAAGUCUCCACCACCCCCAACUCCCGUUUACAAUUCCCCACCACCACCAGUGAAGCCAUAUCAUCCUUCACCAACACCACACCAUCCUACACCAGUAUACAAGUCUCCACCACCUCACUAUAUUUACUCCUCGCCCCCUCCUCCCCACCAUUACUAAGAAGUGACUUCAUUAUCUAUGAGGAAAAGCAAAUGUUGAGCUGAAAGGAAGGCAUUUUCUAUUUUCUAUAGGCAAUGAUAAAAGAAGAAAAUUAAAUUAUAGUAAACAAUAAUCCCCACAGAUGGCGAAGUUCUUUUGUAGCUUCAUGUUAUCUAAGUUAGUGAUAUUGUUUUUGUACUCUAUUUUUAUAUUUUACUUUUAUGUAUUUGUGUAUGUUUGUUCGAUCUUCUUGCUAAAUGAGGAGAUUAUGAGAUGAAUAAAAUCAGUUAUUACUAUA